AUGACUCCACUAGUGCGGAACGACAGUCGUAUCAUCCUCCACUUGGAUUAUGACUGUUUCUAUGCCUCUGUUUUUGAAGUUGAGCAACCUGAAUUGAGGUCACUUCCCUUGGCAGUUCAGCAAAAGCAGAUCGUGGUGACAUGUAACUACGAAGCCCGACGGCGAGGUCUGCAUAAGCUACAGCUCAUCAAAGAUGCCAAACGCAUCUGUCCCGAUGUGGUAAUAGUUCUGGGUGAAGACUUGACAAAGUUCCGAAAUGCAUCCAAGGAGCUUUAUUUGCUGGCUCGCUCCAUUGUCUGGGGGGCCGUGUCGAAAAACUCGGCUUUGACGAGCUCUUUCUCGACGUUACGGAAAUGA